AUGAUUGAUGGGCGAUCAUCACAGGGGAAGGAAGGAUGCCUAUUAUGAGUAUUAUCUACGAGUAUCUCCGCACAGGAAAAAGCAUGAUAACUUUAACGAUUCCAACAAAAACAACCCAUCGCGAGCUCAAUUCAAUACUCCAACUUCCACAACCCCAUCUCCAAUUCCACCUCCACCAAUACCUCAAUUAAUCAAUCAAGGCACACCAAAGAAAAGAGCCAAGGCAGAUCAACAUCAUCCUUCGUCCUGUAGUUUCUUGCGCAAUCCCCACGGACUCAACUCUGAUCAUCCAUCGCUAACCCGUUUGCAGCCUGGUGGUUUCCCCUUCCCUUUGUCGGACCCCCCUUGGCCUUUUCGAGUCCAUCAGAUGAGAAUCAACACCAAUUGUAUCAAUUGAAUGUAUGGAUGGGCAGGUAGGUAGGUAGGUGGAGCUCCCAGGUAUACAUCCCUUUCCUAGGCACCUAGAAAUAAGUAGAAUGGACACGUAGCGGACAAGCGAGCACGAUCCAUCCCCACCUCACGAUCCUCUUUCGAGAUUCCAAGAAAAUACUGUGCAGU